UUCAACAGAGUAUUCGCGUUCCCCUAAGUUUUCUAUGCGAGCCGAAGUUGCCGCGGGCACGAUCAACCAGCCGCCGGGCGUGAAUUUGCCCCACUCUCUGACUUCACCUUCGCCGUAGAUCCCAUGGAACAUGAGGACAGCAUCCCCCGCAACGAAAAGCCGUCGAUUGACAUGGGUAGCCUACCCGCAAGUAUGUCAUACCACGAGGGUGAUUUCCUGAGCGUGUCUGCGGCGAUUGGAGCCUUUUUGGUCCAGGUAUGCAGCUACGGAUACACAACUUCUUUUGGCGUCUAUCAAGCUUAUUAUGCCCAGCACUACUUAGCAAAUAGGAGUCCUUCCGCGAUUUCGUGGAUAGGUAGCACCAAUGCGUUCCUUUUUGACACUGUGGGACUAGUCUCCGGGAGGCUAUACGACCUGGGAUAUUUUUAUCAUCUGUUGAUAGGAGGGUCGCUUUUGCAAGCGUUCUCUCUGUUUAUGCUGUCUUUGGCAAAACCAGGACAGUACUAUCAGGUGUUUCUUGCACAGGGUAUCUGUUCCGGGUGCGCCUCCGGGUUGUUAUUCGUACCAACUAUGGCAGUCCUUUCCCAACACUUUAAGAACCAUCUUGCUCCUGUUAUGUCGUUGGUAAUGUCAGGCAGCUGCCUCGGCGCUACCAUUCAUCCCAUUAUGCUGAAUUACCUGCUGAAUGGACCAUUGGGCUUCUCAAAUAGUGUUCGCGCCUAGUGCAGGCUUCAUUAGCGGUUUACUGCUUCUGGCAUGUCUCUUGAUGCGAACAAGGUCAUCUCCAUCCCAUUCCGUGACAAGCCUCAUUUCCGCCGCUACGAAAUGUGCCCACGACUCAGGCAUACCUCCUCGGCACCGUAGGGUUGGCGUGCAUCUAUCGGACUAUAUUGCGCUGUUACUGAACGAUUUUGCCAGCUUGUUUUUCUAUAUGCUUUGGUACUACUACCCUCUGUUUUAUCUUCAACUAGACAGCCAAUCCCAUGGCGUCAACGAGACAUUCUCAUUUUACUCGGUUGGUUAUGUUGCCCCGCACCU